AAGAAAGACUCUGCUUCCUCCUGGCCAGGCGCUUCUGUCUGUGUAUAUGGUGAUUAUCGCUGCUCUCAUCCUGACUGAGUCUGCGGCCAGUUUUCCCUGUUCAGGUGUUUUUUGGUUGAAAACAGCGUUUCUUUUCAUGUACAUUUUUCUGUCGCCGACAGAGAGAGCGUUUAUCUGUUAUUACUGCAGCAGCAGAGCUGAGAGAGUGAGUAUUAGGGACCCAAAAACCUGUUGGAAAGAACAAAUCACAGAGAAGGAAGCAACGAUGAAAAUGGCAGAAUAUACACAGAAGUGUACCGUUCCAGGCUGUGAUGGGGAUGUCGGAACGUUUCAUACCCUUCCCAAGGAACCGAACUGUCAGCGGGCAUGGCUGAUGUUCAUAUAUAACAAGAUCCCACACACAUUUAACUCAAAGUUGCUAGUCUGCUCUGCACAUUUCACUCCGGACAGUUUCUCCAACCUCGUACAGUAUCGAUCGGGCUUCGCUCAGCGCCUGACACUGGAGAGAGGCGCAAUUCCAACAUUGUUGGAACCCAAACCAAGACCUAGUCAGUCACGCCAGGCUCCGAUUAGAAAUGAUGUAGGGUGCCAAACUGAUGCUCCUAGCAUAGCAUCCCAGUCUACACAACUAUCCCUAAAAACGUUGAGUCCUCACGUCCGAAGCAAAGGUACUUCACCAAGCCAAGCGAAAAGACCCUGUCUUGAAUGUGAGGAAGAGAAGGAUGAGGCAGAGGACGAAGCAGAGAAGAAAGUGAAGAUGGAAAUGGAAGAAGGAUUGGUGAAAGAAGUAAAGGUGAAAGUGGAAUAUGAAGCAGAAGAUGAAGUGGAGGUGGAAGUGGAGGAUAGUUUCACUGGAUACACCGAUCCACCAGAUUUAACUCAUGAUCCUGCACAGUCUGGUACAGAUGAGGAAGAGUCAUCUCAGCUUGCUGGCACAUCAGGGUCUUCGAAUGGGGAUGCUAAGUUCAUUGUUUUCGAACAAUGCCUCCUCAGCCUGUUUGAGCACUGUCCUGUGUGCACCGGGUUUUGUAACGUCCGACCUCGCAAAAGAGGGAACAUUCUAACUGUCGAACAGCUGUGCCAUCACUGUGAGUUCUUUAGGAUGUGGAGGAGUCAGCCUGUUGUAGGCAACCCUGAGCAGAGCUCAUCAAAUGAUCCCUGAGCCCAUCAGAAAACAAAACAAAACAGGUAGCUUGUUGUUUUGUGGGUUUGUUAAUGGCUGUGUAAAAAGCGAAUCUUGGCAUUUUUGCACUAAACAAAGUCAUAUAUCUGCUUUGUAGACAAGAGUUCUGCUCUUGGACAGGCAGAUGUGAGCCCAGUGUGACUGUGCUCAAUGUCCAGUGUUGGAUGUAUGAGUAUAAAGCCUCCCACAGCUUUGGGAUGUGAAACAGUAGGGCAGUGGCACAGUGGUUGCUGAUGGGACUUACCUUUGAGAUGCUUUGGACUGCAUUAGCAAUCCAGAAAUAAUAAUAUCUGAAUGCUGUGAAAUGCUUACAGCAGUGAUCCAUGUGGUGUAAAGGCAGAAUUACCCAAUACCUAAUGCUUUGGGAUGAGCAGGUAUCCACACAAACAUCUGAACAUGUAUGUAAUGUAUCAUACACAAUAUUCAGUAUGUAUUUGUGAUAUACACUUCUUUUUCAUUUUCUGACUCUUUAUUGUAAUAGUCAUCAAACAGUAGUGACACACUAAGAUGGAACAUCUACAAAUAGUGUUUAUUAUUUCCAGCAUAUCAGUUACUCAGUGUCCUAUAAAAGACCUUCAACUUUACAAUAUAUUUACUCAACAGUCUUUGCAUGACAUAUUGUCCGUACCCGCCCUUAUGUUGCUCCUGCUUGGAGCCGAUAGGGAUCACAGUACAUGACUCAGAAGAAGAGGUGGAAAAAGCUCUCGUAGUACGUGGAGACAGGAAGUGCAGGGAGCAGAGAGAAAGACAGAUUUUGGAGAUCCAGGCGGAAGAUUACAUCCUCCUGAUUUCCUGACAUGUAAACCUCAUCAUUAAACACGGUGCCUUGACCAAUCAGAGCAGUUUUCUCCAUGCUUCGGAUCUGACCCCACUUCUGAGUGUCCACACAAAAGGACGUCACAACGGUUUCAAAAUUGUUCCCGCCAAUUACGAUCAACUUGUCUGUGGCUCCCAGGAAGUGGAGGAUGGGGAUAUCGGCACUUGCGCGAGUGAGAGUGGGAUACAGCUCACUCCAGCUGUCUGUAUGAGAAAGUCGAGAUGAAGAGAAAGGUUGUAAAAGCAUGAAGGAAUAAAUAUUAUUAAUUAUUUUAUUCUUUCAUCUUUUCAGAUUUUUUUUUAAUUUGGUAAAUGUUGUAGUGGGUCCAUCUGCAAUAAUUGGGUGCAAGGAAGGAAUCUAAAGAUACUAUACCAGUGUUAAGAGAUGGCAUAUAUUCUUAUGUUUAAAAGAACCUACAUUCAAUGUCAAAGAAUUAGUUGCACAGAGAAGGAAGUGUUAGAUUGCAAUGCUUUUCAUAGGGAAGAUAAAAGUUAUUUUGUGUUAUUGAGUGUGAAAUAGCAUCCCACACAUUUUCAUUUACGAAUAGGUCAUGGUAUGGUCAGACAGCAGCAGUAUGUGGAUGAGCAUGUUCCUGUUGAGUAGCACACCAGAGUAGAAAAGCUAUAACCGCUGGUUCCACUGGUAUCUCAUUAAUGUAAUAUUGGGCUGUCAAAAUGCUGCAACGAAUCAUCUAAUUUCAGCAUCUAACCUCAGUAAUGCUCUUGUGACUGAAUCCAGUCAAAUCCUCAUAGCAGUGUUCAAGCAACUCCUAUAAUGUAAAGCCCUACGUUACUGCAGUAACGUGAAUUUGUUAGAUAACCAAGUGUGAACAAACAAUUUGCCAAAUUGCCGUACCUUGGGUUGUAUCAUAACGCAACACCAGUUUCUCCCCAGUUCUCUGGAUGUUGCCCAGCACGUACAGACAGGUCCCUAGACUGGUGGUAAGGGGGGAAUCAUGAGAAAGGGAAAGAGUAAACUGGAAAUCUGUGAGGGGGAGAGAGGAGACGAAGGACCAGGAGUCUGCCCACGGGUCAUAACGCUCCACAGCUGUGUACACUCCUGUGGUAGAGUCGGGGGUCACCAGCGAGUCCAGAUACCAGCCCCCAACAGCGUAAAUAUGACCCUCACACACGGCUGCACUGAAGUGCCUCCUAUGCUGGGAAGUGAGACACACACACACAACAGAAUGUGCUUCCAUGUUAGCUUUGAGUAUAUUUGCUUUGUUGGCAAUCCGUGCAUUAUGAGUAUAAACAUAGUUUGGUAAGCAUUGGAGUAAAUGUGCUAAAGGUUAUGUUUAUGCUGGCAUCACAUGAUUACUGCUUUGAAACACUUCAGGACAUACAUGCAGUGUUUUUGGUGGUGUGUUUAAUGACAUCUGUGCUAAAUAGGGUGGAAAAAAACACAAAAAACUGAUGACUGACUACAUACUUUCACAAUGCAAAAGACAUUAAUAGAUACAGUGGGUAGGCAGAUAUUAAAAAAAUGUCUUAAAGACAUCUCUCAAUGGUCUUAUAUAUGCCACAUACUGUAAAUAUAAUUCUGGUUGUAUUUUUUUUUACAUGCUGCCUAUUGAGCAGCAGUUUGAAGAUCAUACUGCAGACAUAACAUUUAAUGAAAACCAAUUGGAUAACCCCAAUUCUGCACUGGACAUAUUUGUGUGUAUGCAAAAAUUUAUAAUCAUUUAGUUUGAAUAUCAUUGUCAGAAAAUACGGGAGUUGCAAGUUUGUAAAGUGUGGAAAAAUAUAUUAUAUAUAUAUAUAU